CACACAUCUUCAGAUCCACUUUACUCGCUCACCAAUAAUAAAAUCAGUCGAUACGAAUGUACAGUCGGCAACUCACUAAAAUUUCCAAACUGAUAUCUAACUUUAUCCGGCUUGACAUUAUAUUCACAAUCGAUUUACCCAUUUUAUUUCCCCGACUUGUUGUAGACUGUACGUACGUGUACAUACGUGCGCCAACGCAUCAACUCCUACGUGAACCGCGCCAUGCUUUGUUUACGAUCGUUCUAAAUUUGAACUCCACGCUCAGUCGUGCAUUGACGCUCGCCGCGCAAGGACGCGCGAGCGAGUAAUCUCCGUAUUUGAACUCGCAAUAGGCAUAAUCGUAGCGCGAUUACCUUUUUAUACGCAGUUAUUGGACGUUUCACACUUUUUUCUGAACUUUUUGUGAUCCGUGAAGUGAUUACAAUGACUGAAUCGAAGAGUGUAGCUGUGGAUGAUUUAGAGUCGUGGGUGGAGCUGAACUCGGGUAGCGGCCUGGCUGCCGUCGAGAACGAGUACAUAAGACUGCUGCGGGAAGCUCAACGGGAGAGUCGCGAUUCAUCUGUGAGGCACUCGCGAGCCUCUAGCGUCAAGGGCAGUCCAAAAUCGCCUCCGAACAGUCCUAACCUGGAACCGUCCACAGAAGACGAGCUCAAAGGAGUCUACAUCAACUGCUGGAGAGAUGAUUCCAACGACUGGGUGUGGGAAUGGAGCAGUCGUCCCGACCAACUUCCACCGAAGGAUUGGAGAUUCAAGCACCCCACCAGUGCUCGUGGACCACCUUCAGCCACCUCCUCCAUUGAGGUGCUGGAACAGCAAUUGGUAGCGCCCACACUGCAUCAGAGCGGUCUGCUGUCAGUGCGUAGAGCUUGUCUAUGGUCGAGACGCGCUGUUGCCGCUGUACUUGUCACCAAUAUCGUGUCUCUGCUAUUGGGGGCCGGAAUCGGAGUCUGGCUAAGCCGAAGAGGUAUGUUGCCGCCUAGACUGAUUGUGUUGAACUAA